UGAGAAGCCGGUUGAGCACGUUGUAAGGCCGUUGCAGUCGACUUAUCGCCUGGCAGGGGUCGAGGUGAUAUUGGAACUACUGAAACUCACGCUGUAGUAACUAUAAAAACAGCUAUCUAACACAUUUGCCCCCAGUUCAAACCAGUUGACCAAAGAAAUGGUGAUGGAGAAGCCAAGUGCCCAGCUUGUCGGGCGAGAAUUUGUCCGACAGUAUUACACCCUUCUGAACCAGGCACCCGACUACCUACACAGGUUUUAUGGCAAGAACUCAUCCUAUGUCCAUGGAGGAUUAGACAGCACUGGCAAGCCAGCUGAGGCAGUCUAUGGACAGACUGAAAUCCACAAAAAAGUGAUGGCUCUGAGCUUCCGUGACUGCCACACCAAGAUCCGCCAUGUGGAUGCCCAUGCCACGCUGAAUGAGGGUGUGGUGGUGCAGGUGAUGGGUGAGCUGUCCAACAACAUGCAGCCCAUGAGGAAGUUCAUGCAGACCUUUGUGCUGGCCCCUGAGGGCACCGUGGCGAAUAAAUUCUAUGUGCACAACGACAUAUUCCGCUACCAGGAUGAAGUGUUCGGAGACUCCGAUUCUGAACCCCCAGAGGAGUCUGAAGGGGAGGUGGAGGAGCUAGAGGAGAGGGUCAACUCACCUGAAGUAGCACAAGAAGAGUCUGCUGCAUUCUAUGAACAGACCCCAUGCGGUGACCUGGAGGAGCCCGUGGAGGAGGCAGCGGUAACCCCAGACCCAGAACCCGUGCAGGAGCCCGUGCAGGAGCCUGAGCCGGAGCCCGAGCCAGCUGUGGUGGAGCUGAAACAGGAGCCCGACACUGAGCCGGAGCUCCAGAGCGAGGAGCAGGGGGAGAAGUGCCCCCCCUCGCCCACGCCUGCUGACCCUGCACCUGCCGUGCCUGAGGAGAACAGGCCUUUCUCCUGGGCCUCCGUCACCAGUAAGAACCUGCCUCCAGGCGGAGUGGUGCCGGCAUCUGGAAUCCCCCCUCACGUUGUCAAAGUUCCAGCUGUACAGCCCCGUGUGGAAGUAAAGACAGAAACUCAGACAGCAGCUCAGAGACCUCAGAGAGACCAGAGGCCACGGGAGCAAAGGCCAGGACCCCCACCAGCCCACAGGGGACCGAGAACAGGAGCUGGUGGUGUUGCAGUUCGCGAGGGCGAGCAGGGCGACUCAGAGGUGCGGCGCGUGGUGAGGUACCCAGACAGCCACCAGGUCUUUGUCGGAAACGUGCCCCAUGAUGUGGACAAAGCAGAAUUAAAGGAGUUCUUUGAACAGUAUGGCACAGUAUUAGAGCUGCGAAUCAACAGUGGGGGCAAGCUCCCCAACUUUGGCUUCGUAGUGUUUGACGAUUCAGAGCCUGUGCAAAAGAUCCUCAACAACAGGCCCAUCAAAUUCCGAGGUGAUGUACGUCUGAACGUGGAGGAGAAGAAAACCCGGUCAGCUCGGGAAGGAGAUCGGCGAGACAUCCGCCCGAGGGGCCCAGGGGGACCCCGCGACAGAAUAGGGGGACCCAGGGGAACACCCACCCGGGGCGGUAUGGCCCAGAAACCUAGUUUCGGUGCCGGGCGGGGCACUGGACCUAGCGAGGGGCGCUAUGCGGGGCAGCGUCAGUGAAUUCUUCCCCCACACUAACCACUACUGAUCCCUGUCACCAAGCAACAGAGGUGGCUUACAUCUCAUCCUCUCUCCGCUUUUAUUUUCAGCAUUGGGGUUUUGGAAUGUGAUCCCAACUUGAUCUGGACAUUAUUUUCCUCAUCUUUCUUAGUUCUGAACUUGAAUUUGUAACAGGAAAAUGACAGAGCUACUUGAAUUGAAAAACCCAGAGACUGGUUUUGGCGUUCUCUCCCUGUUUCUUAAAGGAACGUUUUUACUUCUUGGGCAAUCCUGUGUAUUGCUACCACCCCCUUUUUCAGAAGUUAAAUGAAAGCAUGGUUUGUUGGAAUUACUGCUAAGUUCAAUCACCUCUAUCUGAAUGGGUACUGUGUCCUGUGCAUCUGAACACUUUCUGUAUUGCUUCAUUUAUACUUCAUCAGGUAUGACAUGCAGUAUUUUUAACAACUGAGUCAAUGAGAGAACAAACCUUUUAAUACAUACUAUUUUUAAACCACUUCAUUUGUUUUGUAGUCUGGUUUCAACAUUUGGAGGUCCUCUGGUGAGAGAUGGUGUUCUGUUUUGUAAAAGCAAAUUGUUGUGCCUUCUAUUUAUCUCAUUCCAGUCAUGAAAGUUGUAAAAAUAAAGUGUAGAUUUGC